UUGAGAAUAAGUUACGCUGGAUUAGAGUAUGAUCUAUUCGAUUCCGAGCCGGAUACAAAGGGAGAAGAGCAAUGAUAACUAAGGGUGCGAUUACAUGGACGCGCGGAAACGCGGAAACGCGGAAGAGAAAGUAACUAGAUUCCGCGUUUCCGUCGUUUCUUCUCGCGUGUUUAAGCGGAGAUCGCUUUGCCGGACGAGUUUCCAAUGGAUAAUCCUGCAACAAAGUGCGGCUACUGUGGUUUCAUUUUGCGAGGGUCGUGUGGAAUAAUUUUGGAUCAUGAUUGCUUUGCCGCAUACAAUGAAGAUACUGACAUUAUAAGUGUUGACGAAAAUGCCAUCGCACUAUGAGGAAGAGACUUGAAACUGAAGUUGUACAGCAUUCAAAGGCUGGAGCUGAACAGCGUGUGUCCACACACUCUACGCACACUCUCACACAAGAUGAAUUGCUGAUUGAGUUGGUUCGUGUUCGAAGAGCUUUAUGGGAUCAUUCCAUUCCAACUAGCGAAAGAACGAAGUUAAAAAAAGAUAAUCUGUGGCAAGAGAUUGUAAACGCAUUUAGUGAAUCCCUCACUUUAGAAACAGUAAAACAAAGAUGGAAACACCUUCGAGUUUAUAUGAAAGCUAAGAAGAAAAUGCGAGGAUAUAUACGAAGUGGAUCGGGGGCGGAAUCAGGUCAUCCAUUAAAAAGUUCUUUCUACCAUUAUGAACAAAUGAGAUUUCUCGACAAUAUUGAAAAGAUAGCUCCAACUGCCAGCUCCAUUCAGCACUUUUUAGAAAUGCCUUCAUCUCAUAAUGAUGUGCAAAUGGAUACUAUGCAAGACGAUAACUUUGACAGUUUUGACGAUUCUAUAAUGGAUUCUGCAUACCCACCAUCAGAAACAUCACAAACUUCAUCAUGUCCUCGGCACGGGCUAAAAAGAACAACACUCACCAUGUAUACGUAUAUAUUAUUAAUUACAGAUGUCCAAAAGCAAACUGAAAUAGAAAAGAAAUUUUUAAGCAUGAUUGAUGAAGAAUUGUCGCAGAAAAAACGUGAUGCAGUCGACAGUUAUUUAGAACAGCUUGGCGACAUACUACGUCGAUUGCCCUAUAUACGACGCAGAAACCUACAAAGAAAAAUGCUCGAUAUUGCCAUAGAAGAAGAGGAUGCCAUGUUUGCAGAGAGGGAGAAUGCUAAUUAGAAAUAUUUCUUUAAUAUUAUAAAUUUUUAAUGUUUUGUAUUA